UGGAAUUCGCAAAUUAAAAUAAAAAGUACGCAUUUAAUACGCACAGAUUACAACCGAUAUAAGCUUAAGUAAAAAUAAUUAACCAAAGAUGGGUCGCGGAAGAGCUCGAAGAAAACAAGCUUCAACAGAGUCUGGCAGUGAUUCAGAGGAUUCACCUUCGCCGCCUAAAAACAAGAGAUCCAAGCGAAGUUCCGAAACGACCAGAAAUGAUGAAAUACAGAUGGAGUCAACCACUUCCCGCGCAGUUUGUCGGCACGCAAUUGUUACUAGUGAAAAUCCCACGAUUGGAUUGAGGGUUCAGAGCCCAUUUCACCGCUGUGGAAAGUUAAUGUCGAUACGUUUAAAAAACUUCAUGUGCCAUUCGAAUUUGUUUAUUGAAUUUGGGCCGAAUAUAAAUUUUCUUGUUGGCAGCAAUGGAAGCGGCAAAAGUGCGGUGAUCACGGCGCUAGCCUUGGGACUGGCCGGCAGCGCGCGGAACACGAGUCGAGCGAGCAGCAUACGGAUGCUAAUUAAGAAUGGAGAGACAAGUGCAACUAUUGAGUUAACACUUUGCAAUACGGGCUCUCGACCAUUCAAUUUUGACACUUAUGGGCCGCAGAUUACGGUCGUUCGCCACAUCCGUCAAUCGUCAUCCGCAUAUGAGUUGAGAGACGCUCAUAGGAGGACCGUGUCCAAGAAACUGGAUGAAAUACGGCGUAUGCUUCUCUUCUUUACCAUUAUGGUGGAGAAUCCGAUCUUUGUGCUCAAUCAGGAAGCUUCUCGUGAAUUUCUUAAGGAACUUGAACCAGGCUCAAACUAUAGAUUGCUGAUGAAGGCAACGCAGCUGGAUUUAUGUGCGGCCAGCUUAAAUUCCUGUCAUGAGAUGGGUCAACUAUUUAAUUAUAAUCUCAAUCUUAUCAAAAUGAAAAAUGAUAAGCUGAAGCAAAAGUACCACGAAGAAGAGGAAAAGUUGGCCAUUAUAAAGAAUGAAGAUGCAAUUAAGACUCAAUUGAAAGAGGCUAUGACCAUGCUGGCUUGGCGAAAAGUGUCCCAAAUUCAGGAUAAUCUCUCUAAAAAGGAGCACACACUGAAAAUAGUUGAGACGAAAAACGCUGACCUAUCACAGAAGACAACACAAAAGGACUGCACGAAGCAGACAUUAUCCGAUGAGCUAAAAAAGUUAAACGAAAUCAAGUCGCGGAUCAUGGAAAGUUACCAAGAGCAAGACGUGAAGUUGAGGGCCGUCAAACGAACUAUUCAAGAGUGUCAUUUUACAAUUAGUUCAACAAUGGCUGGCAUAAAGAAUGCGGAGAGACGGCUAAAGGAGGAGCAAACCACAUACGAAGGCUGUCAAAGUCAUAUGAAAAACUACCAUGCCGACUAUUCUGAAUUUAAAAGGCUUCGAGAAGAGAAUGCUGCCGCACUCGCGACUCUCAAGCAGACUGUGUCCGAGGGUAAGGAACUGAUUUCCAAGUUAAGGGACGAACAGAACGACAUAAAGAAUCAGCUGCCAGCUACCAAGGAGCGAGUGGAGUCCAUUAAGAAUGAGCUGAGCAAACUGCGUAAAUCGGAGCAGAACCUGCAAUGGGAAAUGGAAUCUCUGUUAAGAAAUAAGUCUAACAAAAUGUCAGUAUAUGGUGAGCAAGCGAUGCAAGUAUCCAAUGCUCUGAGUGUUCAGUACAGUGGGAGUAAUGCUUCCAAUAUGCCGCGUGGACCCAUCGGUAUGUACAUAACGGUACCCAAUCCCAAGUAUCGAGAUCUCGUAGAGAAUCAGUUGUUCAACUGCCUGCGCUCGUACAUUGUUAGCACAGAUAAGGAGCGAAUAUCAUUGAGAGCUCUGCUACAAAAAUCAUAUUUGGGUCGCAAUAUACCUACGAUCAUAACCAGUGCGUUUACGAAUCAGGUUUACAAUGUAUCCAAGUACAAGGUGCAAUCCAGAUCAUCAAAUACAGCUGUGCUAAUGGAUUUAAUAAGCUGUGAUGAUCCUGUCGUUAUGAACUAUCUUAUUGAUACGAUGCGCAUUGAGACGGUGUUGGUGACCGAUUCCAAGGAGACGGCAGAAGCUCUUACAUCGAACUCGGAAAAUGUGCCGCCCCAUUUGACACGAAUACUGGUGCCCGAUUUGGGGCUAGAGUAUUGUCCAUCGCCCAACUAUGCCAUGUACUCAGUUAAAAUCACAUCCGCUCGCUACAUUCAGGUUAAUGUGGAUGACCGCAUUCGACAACUGCAGUCGGAGCAGAACAGUCUGAAGGAGCGUGGGGCAACUAUACAGCCACAAUAUGCGAAUGCUAAACACAAGCUGGACAUUGUCAGUCAGGAGAUAAGCACCAAAAAUGAUAUGAUCAACGCCCAACAUACUGCAAACACAAAAGCGUUGCAAAAAAUUAUGGAUAUCGAGAAUUUAGAAUAUCGGGAAUUACCCGCUUUAGUCGUGUUGGAAACUCACUUAACCAGCAGCAGUGAGAAAAUUGAGAAAUGUAAAGCGGAGCGUGAAGUUUUGCAAAAUCAACUGCGUGAUCUUAACGAGCGUAAGGCUCGUACUGAAGAAGAGGCUAAAAGCGAAGAAAAGAUUAUCGACGCAAUUAAAAAUAAGGCCCGAGAUGUUGAAACGGCGAUCAAAGAAGUACAAAAAAAAUUGAGUGAUUUGGAUCGUCAUUUUGUGGAAAACCAAAGACUUUUUAAGCAAACCAACGAUCUUCUCACUACAAUGCUCAAAGAUAAAAAGGAUUUGGAAAAAGAGCUGGAAAAUGAGCGGCAGACCGCACAAGAAUCUGGUGAUUUUAUCGCCACACAAAAAUCUAAAGAGGCGAUACGCGAUAAAAUCACUCGCUACAAAGUUAAAAUAAGACAUUAUGAGUCGAUGAAUUUGAACUACGACGAGGUUCAAAAAAAGUUGACCUCAUUGCGUGAUAGUCUGAAAACAGAAACCGAGAAGUUGGAUAGUAUUUUAAGUAUUGUGAACAAAUUGCGAAUUUCAUAUCAUGCUGGGGCACAGAAGUUUAUUCGCUCACGAUAUCAUUUCUUUAGCAUGAUUGCAUUUGAAUUUAAGCGAGCGCUCGCCUGUCGCCAAUUUGAAGGCGAGAUGGAGCCCAAUCAUAAGGAGAAGACGUUAAAGAUCAGUGUUUACCCACCAGGUGCCAAUAAGACUUCAAAUACGAAAAGUUUGUCCGGUGGCGAGAGGUCAUUCACCACUGUGUCUCUAUUGAAAGGUCUUUGGAGUAUUUCCGAUCAUCCAUUUUAUUUCUUAGAUGAAUAUGACGUCUUUACUGAUGAGGUGAACAGGACUUUUAUUACGAAAAUGCUAAUUAAAGAGGGCACGGACUAUCAAAACCGGCAGUAUUGUUUUCUUACACCCCAGGAUACUAAAAUCGAUGCGAGCAAUUUAAUAACAGUUCAUAAAUUGGAAGCACCAGAGCAUUAAUUUCAAAAUGGCUUACAAAAAUCUGUUGCAGGACGACUGUUCUUAUUCGUAUUUUGUUUAUAAUUUAUUUCUUAUGAGAACACAUUUCAAUACAAUUAAUUCAUUAUAAUUAUUACAAUAUUAGUA